AUGAAAAACCAGCUCCGCGGCCCCCCAGCGCGGGCGCACAUGUCGGCCUCGGGGGCGUCGGCUGCUGGGGACACCGGGGCGGGGUCGGAGCCCGGUGCGGGGUCCGGGGCCGGCGCUAGCACCGGCGCGGGAGCUGCGACGGGCGCGGGGGCCAUGCCCUGCAAGAGCGCCGAGUGGCUGCAGGAGGAGCUGGAGGCGCGCGGUGGCGCGUCCCUGCUGCUGCUCGAUUGCCGGCCGCAUGAGCUCUUCGAGUCGUCGCACAUCGAGACGGCCAUCAACCUGGCCAUCCCGGGCCUUAUGCUGCGCCGCCUGCGCAAGGGCAACCUGCCUAUCCGCUCCAUCAUCCCCAACCAUGCCGACAAGGAGCGCUUCGCCACGCGCUGCAAGGCGGCCACUGUGCUGCUCUACGAUGAGGCCACAGCCGAGUGGCAGCCAGAGCCCGGCGCUCCUGCCUCAGUGCUUGGCCUGCUCCUGCAAAAGCUGCGCGACGACGGCUGCCAGGCCUACUACCUCCAAGGUGGUUUCAACAAGUUCCAGACAGAGUAUUCAGAGCAUUGCGAGACCAACGUGGACAGCUCGUCCUCACCAAGUGGCUCACCACCCACCUCAGUGCUGGGCCUGGGGGGCCUUCGGAUCAGCUCUGACUGCUCAGAUGGAGAGUCAGACCGAGAGUUGCCCAGCAGUGCCACUGAGUCGGAUGGCAGCCCUGUGCCAUCCAGCCAACCGGCCUUCCCCGUCCAGAUCCUGCCCUACCUCUACCUCGGCUGCGCCAAGGACUCCACUAACCUGGACGUGCUCGGCAAGUACGGCAUCAAGUAUAUCCUCAACGUCACGCCUAACCUGCCCAACGCCUUUGAGCACGGUGGCGAGUUCACCUACAAGCAGAUCCCCAUCUCUGACCACUGGAGCCAGAACCUCUCCCAGUUCUUCCCUGAGGCCAUCAGCUUCAUUGACGAGGCCCGCUCCAAGAAGUGUGGUGUCCUGGUGCACUGCCUAGCAGGGAUCAGCCGCUCGGUGACGGUCACCGUGGCUUACCUGAUGCAGAAGAUGAACCUGUCGCUCAAUGAUGCCUAUGACUUUGUCAAGAGGAAAAAGUCCAACAUCUCACCCAACUUCAACUUUAUGGGGCAGCUGCUGGACUUCGAGCGGACGCUGGGGCUGAGCAGCCCGUGUGAUAACCACACCCCCAGCGAGCAGCUCUACUUCUCCACGCCCACCAACCACAACCUGUUCCCACUCAACACCCUUGAGUCCACGUGAGGCCGGGGCACAGGUGGGUGGGGCCGGCCCCUCUCGACCCUGCCCACCUUGGGCCAGGUGGGCUGCCCACUCCUGCUGUGUCCGGCCGGAACCCAGACAUCCUCGGACAUGGCCUGUGCCCAGAGGCCCAGGCUGGUGGGUGGCCAAGCUUCCCUCGCCGCCCUGGGGAGGGCAGAAACCGCAGCAACGCCUCUCUCUGCAGGACUUCCCGGAGAGGCCCUGAGCUCUGGGACGCAUGGCCUUGGGAGUCCAGCAGGGCCUCAUCCUUGUCCCAGGAUACUCCAUCAGCCAGUGGCCCAGCUGAUUUGGCUAUUUUUUAAAGACACAUCCACGGACCUGAGUUUACUUUUUACUUUUGACAGGUAAAUCCAAGCUCCCUGGAGCACGGCGAGUGUUCAAGCUCUUCUUGAUUUUUCUUUUGUAAUGAAAAGUGUUAUUUUCAGGCUACAUACAACAGUGGAUUGUAUAAACCAGUAUUUUAUCCCUUCCUUGAUCCUGCGAGAGAGAGAAAUGUUCUCAGUUUUGUUUUUCUUCCUAUUUCAAAAGGCAAUUAUUGGUUUUGUUUCUGUUUUUAAUGGAAAAGACAAACCCCGUGUUGAUCUUGACCAAA